AUGCUUUUCAACAUUCUGCGGAACACGAUUUUUGAGGAGUUGUUUUACGGCUCCAAAAUGGCCCCUGCCAUGAUGAAUAACUGCAUUCUACUGCUGAACUUGCCACCAGGCGCACUCGCUGGCAUCGACUUGCUCUCAUUCACUACAUCACCGCGCUUUCAUGGCGUUAAAAAUUUACCUGUGGGACUCCAUUUUGUCUUUGCGGCGAGCAAUAGUGCGUUGUCAGUCAGGCAGGGCGCCUGGUUUUAUGUCACGCCUGGAGCUGGAGCGCCUCAAAUUUUGAUGAAGAGAUGGGAAGCGGAGACUGAGGACCUGAUCGCCGAGACUUCACAGACGGAACUAUUGAGGUGGAAGGCCAAUCUGGGGAGCAUCUGGAAAGAUGGCCUGACGCCAUAUCGACAAACGGUGCAGGAAGGUGACUCUGGAAACGAAGAGGGUUGGGCGGAGGAGUCUACAGACUGGAGUGAACUCACAUCACAUAUUUCACAAACUCUUCUAUCACGCAUUUGUGGACUCAAUCCAGAUCAUUGGAGUCUCACAUCCGCAUCAUCCGCCACACAGGAUCUGGAAUCAAUACCAGGCUUGGACUUGGGCAACAGCACACUACAUCCCGAGAAGGAGCUUAGAUUCCUUCCCAUCGACCUGAAGCGGACGUGGAGAGAAGGCGCAACAGGAAGAGAGCGAACAGAAGCAGCACAAGACCGAUCUUGGUUUUUAGGGGAUCUCAUCGAAAACCACUGCCAGGCGACACAGAAGCGGGAACGAGAGUUUGAGGUACUGGGCGAGCUGCAGUUUGCAUUUCUGAUGGUCUUGACGCUGAAUAAUAAUUCUUGCCUUGAGCAGUGGAAGCGACUACUACGCUUGCUGUUUACGUGUAGGCACGCGGUUAAAGACCGCUGUUUUCUGUUCGUCGAACUCUUGAAGAUCCUGCGCGUACAACUCAGUCACUGCGCGGAUGUCGAGGCUGAGCUAUUCGACAUGAACGAAGUAGGUGGAGGUUUCUUAAAGCCUCUAUUCAAGACAUUUCGAACUGGUCUGGAUGAAUUUGACGGCAAAUGGAAAGCCGAUCUCGUGGAUGAGUUCGAGGACCUGCAAGACUACCUACAGAGAGAGUUCGGUUGGGACCUGGACGAGUCGUAUGUGAAGCGUGGGAUGCUGGAACUUGAGGAUGGCGAGCAGGUGGAAAUGGACAUGAACGGAGCAGACGAAGACGACGAAUUGGGCGAAUAUGCACCGGCUGUUGUCGAGUUGACACUUGAGCAGAUGAAGCAGUUGGAUGGAAGCGAUGUUGAUCACACCACCGAGGACUCGGAAGAAGAGGCUGAUCUGGAGGAAAUGGAUGCGCGAUACUGA